ACUAAAGGUUCCACCUGUGUCUGAUCUGAAGCUACAUUUUAUAUUCGCCGGCCACUCUGGGCCAUGGAUAUAACCUUUAGCAGUUUCACACUUUGUCGACGCCGAGGUAAUAAAGUGCUGGGAUUGUAGCCACAUUGGUUGCAGAGUCUUUGUGAGACGUGUUGUUGGUGAAUGCAUAGAGUCAAGAAGAUCAAACUUUGUGACAGUACAGAGGGUUUCUGGAAAAGUUGUGUGACAGUGAGAAUGACGGCAGUAGAUGGCCUUUCGGACAGCACAGAGGUUGUGGAGAUGGAGGAUAUCCCCUCUCAGUUCUUUGUGGAGAAACACACUUGGGAAGGACUACGUGACAUCAUUCACUGUAGCAGGAAGUAUUCAGCUAUGAUUGCAAACAAAGCCCCUCAUGAUUUCCAGUUUGUGCAAAAGAAAGAUGAGAAUGGACCCCACUCCCAUCGGUUGUACUACCUCGGAAUGCCUUAUGGAAGUAGAGAAAACUCUUUACUCUACUCAGAAAUCCCCAAGAAGAUCAGGAAAGAGGCCCUUUUGGUGUUGUCGUGGAAACAGAUGCUGGAUCACUUCCAGGCUACACCACACCAGGGUGCAUACUCUCGAGAGGAGGAGUUACUGAGAGAGAGAAAGCGGCUAGGAGCAUUUGGCAUCACCUCAUAUGACUACCAUGCCCAGACCGGUCUAUUCCUCUUCCAGGCCAGCAACAGCCUCUUUUACUGUCAGGAUGGAGGCAACAAUGGAUUCAUUCAGUGUGCUCCGAUGAAGCCUGUGGAGAUUAAGACUCAGUGCUCAGGGACUCGCAUGGACCCCAAGAUCUGCCCUGGAGACCCUGACUUCAUAGCCUUCAUCAACAAUAAUGACUUGUGGAUAGCAAACACCAAGACCGGCGAGGAAAGGAGACUCACAUACUGCCACAAAGGUGUCGAUAACGUUAAGGAGGACCCAAAGUCUGCCGGUGUAGCAACCUUUGUUAUUCAAGAAGAGUUUGACCGUUUCACUGGUUAUUGGUGGAACCCUUCAGCAGUCGAAGACCGUAAUGGAGGAAAGACCAUGUAUCUGUUGUAUGAAGAGGUGGAUGAGACAGAAGUAGAAAUUAUUCAUGUUCCAUCUCCAGCACUGGAGGAACGGAAGGCAGAUGCAUACAGAUAUCCCCGGACAGGGAGCAAAAAUCCUCAGGCUACUCUUAAGCUGACAGAGAUAAAAACUGACCAUCAAGGAAGAAUUGUGAACAUGCAGGAUAAAGAAUUGGUCGCCCCCUUCACCUCUUUAUUUCCAGGAACAGAAUAUAUUGCCAGGGUAGGCUGGACGAGUGAUGGCAAAUAUGGCUGGGCUGUGCUACUAGACCGUAGUCAGAGGAGGCUGCAGUUGGUCCUUCUGCCUCCGGCCCUAUUCAUCCCAGUCACAGAUGACCCAGCACAGAGGCAGGAAAGCCUGGAGGCUCUGUCCACUCACAUUCAGCCAUACAUAAUCUAUGAAGAGACCACAGACGUCUGGAUUAAUGUACAUGAUAUUUUCUAUCCUUUCGUUCAAACAACAGAAGAUGAGUUUACUUUUAUUUGGAUAAAUGAGUCUAAAACAGGCUUCAGCCAUCUGUAUAAAAUAACAUCUCUAAUACAACCGGGCUGCUACCACUGGACAGGAGAUUACCAACACUUAGAGGGAGAUUUCAAAUGUGCAAUCAAGGAAGAGGUUAUGCUGACCAGUGGAGAAUGGGAAGUGUUGGCAAGACAUGGUUCCAAGAUCUGGGUGAAUGAGGCAACCAAGUUGGUGUACUUUCAGGGUACCAGAGACACUCCCUUGGAGCACCACCUCUAUGUGGUCAGCUACGACUCACCUGGAGAAGUGAUCCGGCUCACCAAGCCUGGUUUUUCUCACAGCUGCUCAGUUAGUCAGAACUUUGACUUUUUUGUCAGCCACUACAGCAAUGUGAGUACGCCACCCUGUGUUCAUGUCUACAAGCUGACCAGUCCAGAAGGAGACCCGCUGCGCAUGGUGCCUGAGUUCUGGGCCAGCAUGAUGGAAUCACCAGGUUGCCCAGGAGAUUACAAUCCACCAGAGAUUUUUGACUUUCCGGGGAAGUCAGGCUUCCAACUUUACGGAAUGGUAUACAAGCCUCACAACCUGCAGCCUGGCAGGCAGCACCCAACUGUUCUGUUUGUGUAUGGAGGUCCACAGGUCCAGCUAGUUAAUAAUUCCUUCAAGGGGAUGAAGUAUCUCCGUCUGAACACACUGGCCUCUCUGGGCUAUGCUGUGGUUGUGAUUGAUGGCAGGGGUUCCUGUCAGAGGGGCCUUGAAUUUGAAGGAGCACUAAAAAACAAAAUGGGCCAAGUGGAGAUUGAAGACCAGGUGGAGGGGCUUCAUUAUGUGGCAGAGAAGUUUAACUUUGUGGAUUUGAGUCGUGUUGCCAUCCACGGCUGGUCUUACGGAGGCUUCCUCUCUCUCAUGGGCCUCAUUCAGCGUCCCAAUGUGUUCAAGUUGGCUAUCGCGGGUGCUCCGGUGACCGUGUGGAUGGCCUACGACACGGGCUACACAGAGCGAUACAUGGAUGUGCCUGAGAACAACCAGCAGGGCUACGAGGAAGGGUCUGUGGCGCUGCACGUGGACAAGUUACCCAGCGAGCCCAAUCGCCUGCUGAUUCUCCAUGGAUUUCUAGAUGAGAAUGUGCACUUUUUCCACACCAAUUUCCUUGUGUCACAGAUAAUCCGUGCUGGGAAACCCUACCAGCUUCAGGUCUAUCCAAACGAGCGACACAGUAUCCGCUGCCCUGAAUCUGGAGAGCACUACGAGAUAAUGCUCCUGUAUUUUCUACAACAAUACCUCUGAAAUGAGACAGUGGAGAGGCGUGAAGUCCGGUUUCCACUCUUUCCCUCUUUAGCCCUUCAGCUCGGCACACAUCUGUACCCACUUUACCAAACUGCUGCGCUGCCACCCUGUUGGCGAGACACCCACAGCGCAUCCACCAACCAUCCAAUGUUUUUCUUUUGCCAUUUCUCUCGGGUUCCGUUGCUAGCUCGCACACCCUUUCCCCUCCGUGCACUCCCCCAAGUACAGUCUGUUGUGUGGUUUAUGAGCACAGAGCGUGUUGAAGCUGAACAAAGACAGAGAUGUACGGAGAAACGUUUGAAGGCUGUAUCAUGUUGACUCGUUGCUCACCCACAUCCCCCGGCUCUGGAACAGUGAUGAAUUUUUUUUGCCAAAAGUUAUGGUGUUGUUUCCCCCCCUCCCCCCCCCAUUUUAUUGACUUGAAGGAGUGGGAGGAAGUGGGUUACAGUUCAUGGAUGCCACAUAUUUACGACCUUGUGUGCGUAUGACAGACGUGCUGUUUAUUUCUCACACACAGCCGGUCACACAGACUUUCAUUAUCACUUUAUACUGAGUCUGCACCAUGCUGUUUAACGAAGAAACCCAGGGGUUUUACUCGCUCCGCUUCUUUUAAGCAUGUUGUUUAAAUAAAAUAUUUUUAUGACUUUAUAUUCUUUUUAAUGUGUCGGUGGGAGCAUCUCGCAGAAUUUUUUUGUGCUGUAUUCUCCCUUCACAUUGCAUUGCUCACGAUGUCUGCUUGCCUUCUUAACAUAAUUUAUAUUUUGCCAAAGUACCUCUUGACUCUUAAUCAUCGCGGUAUUUCUUUUUCUUUUUUUUUUUUACUGCAAUAUAGACAACAGGAGGGUGAGCACUGGAGUCUUACAACAGCUUUGUACCACCAGAAUUUGUACAUGAUAAUGAAUAAAUGUAUGAACCGAUCACCUG